CCAGUUCAUGCAAGACUUUCAUGGACGAUCAUCUACUGGUGCGUAUGAGCCCUCAACCAUCUACCCUGAGGGUUCCUUCUCUCAACUAAAAUCCUAUGCCAGUGGUGAACUAAGUGGUGUUCCAUCAGUAACUGAUGAUGCUCCCAGUGAGGCUCCACAGCGUAUGACCCCAGUGCAGUUUGGCCGACCUCACAUAAGUGCUUCGUUCACACAUGGUGGGCAGCUGCUGAUGGUGCUGCCGAAGGAUCCCAAAGAAGGAGAAAAGGCUAUUGUACAGCUUCGUGAUGUGCAGAAAAUGCUAUGCUUAGAUUCAGCACUAAAGGAGACAAUACAGCAGAUGAAGAAUUAUCCAGGACCCCUCACAUUAGCUGAUACACACAAAGAAGUCGUUGUAAAAUAUUGUUACAAUCAAGUGGCAGAGGCAGCAAACGACCCAAACUUAAAUGAUCGUGAAUCUGUUGUGUUAAUUUGGGAAUAUUUAGCACUACUUGUAAAACAAAAUGGCAAAUUAUUUGGAAGCGAUAUAGCAAGUCUGCUGUUGAAGGGAAGAGAAGUUGGCUCACAUCCCCAGCAGGUGACUCCUAAUACAACUCCAGAUGAAAUUCCGAACACUCCUGCCUCAGAUGCAAGUCCUCAAGAUGAAGGUAUUGAUAUGCAUGCUCAGACAAGUCCACCAACAGCUGCAAAGGAUGAAUCUUUGAUUUUGAAAAAGUUCUGUGAAUAUCUUUCCUUGGGAAGGAAAAGAGAAGCUGUUGAUUAUGCAAUGAGAGAAGGUUUGUGGGGCCAUGCUCUGGCUCUGUCUUACAAGAUGGAUGGCACAACCCACACCCGUGUAUUAGCUGCUUUCUCCAACUCAAUACCUCAAACAGAUGUAUUGCAAACUCUUUUCCAGCAGUUGUCUGGAAAGAGACCAGAAAUUACAAAGAGUUACAAUAUACAGCAAUGGGGCGACUGGCGGCAACAUCUAGCCAUGAUGGUGUCCAAUCCAACUGGCCACACUCAGCGAGACCGGGCCUCUAUUGUGGCUUUAGGAGACACCUUGGCAUCCAGGGGACAACUUCACGCAGCACACUUCUGCUAUCUGGUAGCUGAAGCCGAAUGGGGAACCUACUCGAACAAGUCCUCACAGCUUGUGCUGAUUGGCUCGUCACACAAUCUGCCUUUUCAGGCAUUUUCCACAAAUGAAGCCAUACAGUGCACUGAAGUUUAUGAAUUUGCAAGAUCUUUAGAUAGCAGCAACCCUGUGUUGGAGACCUUCCAAUCGUAUAAACUGAUAUAUGCUUUGAGAUUAACAGAAUAUGGAUUCCCAGCAGAGGCAUUGAGAUAUUGUGAGGUUAUAAGUCAACUUGUGAGCAGAGCAUCCAUGUCCUACCCAAUAGAAUUCCUUUCUCAAGUGUAUGAGCUUGCAUCUCGGCUGAAGUAUCAUGAUCUGCACUAUCAGAUGUGUGAAGGGGAGUUGUUAGAAAUGCCAGAUCCAAAAUGGUUGAGUCAUCUACAUGAACUUGUUGAAACAACCAAACACAAGGCAAAGAUCAACAGUACAGAAGUUGACCAAGAAUAUGCUGAAACUCAUGUCAGUCAAAAUGUUUCAGUUGACAAUUACUACCACCAGGCUCCCUCUGCCAAUGUAGAAGGAAAUGAAGUCCAAGGCACCUAUCACCAAGAUAUGAUUACUGAUGAAUAUCGUCAAGGAUCUCAUGGAUCAUAUCAUGGUCAUGUUACUGCAGAAGAUACAAUGGAUGGAGGACAGCAGAACAGUCUACCAGUUAGCCGGCCACCUUUAUCUAAGCCAAGCACAGAUGCUUUAGAAAUGCCAUCCAUGCAAAAUGAAAUGCAUCAGCCAAGUGAUGGGACAUCACAACCCAUGGAGAGGACAACUCCCCAGAUCCCAAUGAUGCAGCCCCCUCAAGACCAGUCUGGUUAUGUACCAUAUGAUACAAGCUAUUGGUCUGGUUACCAGCAUAUGGAUCCUCACAUGACCCCUUUCACUCAAGCGCAGAACAGAGAGAAGCAGUCUCCCACCAUCUUCUGAUGUGAACGUGGAACAAUUGUCCAGUAGCGUAACUUCUUUCUCCCAACCAAAUAGCAUAAGUGGCUAUACUGCAUACCAACAGCCACCGUAUCAACCAUGGGAGCAGUCACAGGAAACUCCCACCAUGGCUCUAAAACCUAACGACCCCCAGGUAAACCCUCUUCAAGAAAGUCAAGAGGAGGAGCCUCAUUUAUCUGAUGGAAAAUGGGAGCACCAAUGAUGAACAGAAAUCAGAUGAUAAGAAAAAUGACAAGGAAGGUGACAAAGAGAAAUCACAAGAAAAGAGUAAUACUUGGUCCAUCUCAUCAAUAUUUGGCUGGAAAAAGUCCAAACAGGCAAUACUUCCAGAUGAUAAAAAUCCAUCA